AGUUUUGGUUUUAUUUUUAUUUGUCUCUAUUCAUCACGUCUUUAUUUCUCGAAAAAUCGUUUCCUACCAAUAUAAUUAGCCAGAGGGACACAACAAAAUAGUGCUGAAACAAACGAAAGAAAAAAAGAACAUGGAAGACAUACAGCACAGAACAGUAAAAGCUAAUGGAAUAAAUAUACACGUGGCCGAGAAGGGUGAGGGCCCGGUGAUCCUGUUCUUGCACGGCUUCCCCGAGCUAUGGUACACGUGGCGACACCAGAUCGUUGCUCUCGCUUCGCUCGGCUACCGAGCCGUUGCCCCUGACCUUCGCGGCUACGGUGACUCAGACGCCCCCGAGUCUCCGGCGAACUACACGUGCCUUGAUAUCGUCGGCGACCUGAUUGGGCUUCUGGACGCCAUAGCCGCCGAUGAGGACAAGGUUUUCGUUGUAGGCCACGAUUGGGGCGCCGUAAUCGCCUGGCACCUUUGUCUCUUUCGCCCUGACCGAGUCAAGGCUUUGGUCAAUAUGAGCGCGCAGUUUAAUCCCAGGAACCCUAGGAGAAAACCCCUUCCGGCCAUGAGAGCUGUCUGUGGCCACGAUUAUUACAUGUGCAGAUUUCAGGAGACUGGAGUCAUAGAAGAAGAAUUUGCCCAGAUUGGUACUGAAAGAGUGUUAAAGGAAAUUCUAACGUAUCGAACUCCUGGGCCAUUGUUUUGGCCGAAAGCAAAAGCGUUAGAAUCACCAACACCAAUUGCUUUGCCUUCUUGGUUAUCAGAGCAAGAUUUUAAUUACUACAUCGCAAAAUAUGAAAAGACUGGCUUCACUGGAGGGCUCAACUAUUAUCGAAAUAUUGAUCGAAAUUGGGAGCUGUUGGCACCAUGGACAGGGGCACAGAUAAGAGUUCCAGUGAAGUUCAUAGCAGGGGAGUUGGACCUGGUUUACAAUUCUUUUAACGCAAAGGAUUACGUGCACAAUGGUGGGUUCAAGAGAGAUGUGCCGUUUCUGCAAGAGGUGAUAAUAAUGGAAGGUGUUGGUCAUUUCAUCAACGAGGAAAGGCCAGAUGAGAUCAGCACACAUAUUUAUGAGUUCUUCAAGAAGUUUUAAUUACCCUUUUUUGUUUCUGUAUGGCUUUCAUUAACGUCAAUAGUAAUAAACACAGGUUUUAUGAUUAUGAACGUGAAUAAGAUUCAACUGAACUGUUUGUUUUCUUCCAAAUGAAAAUUUGAACCAUAUGGAUGGAUUGCCAUUUUACAAUUACAGACAAUGUUAUUGGGUGCAAGGCUUACCUUACCCCCACAUCUUAUUUGA